AUGGUCAUUGGUGAUUUCAAUAAUGUCUUAGAUAGAGCUGGUGGUAAUCAAGUUCAGGAGUCUGAGUACCAAGAUAUGGAAAAAAUGAUGGGUGAUUUUGGGCUUUAUGCUCAUGAUACCAUAGGGAUCCAUUUUACUUGGUCAAAUGGUAUUAUACACUCUAGAAUUGACUAUGCCUUAUGCAAUAGAAACUGGUUCUUGCAGUUUCCCUCUUGUACUAUUGAGAUUCUGAAUGCUCAUAUAUAUGACCAUAAACCUUUGAAGGUGCAUCCUAGAGGCCAUAGUGUGAAGAACUUUCAAGCUCACUUCAAAUUCCAAAAUCACUUGACUGAUAAUCCCUCUUCUUAUCUUGUGUGGAGAGCAAUUGGAAAACUGAGGAUGCUUGUAUUCCCAUGUAUAGGGUAUCGAAAUCUCUAA